CAAACAUGUCUUCCUCCUCGUCCGCGAGCUCAUCGCGAUCUUCAUCUCCGGAGCCCAUAAUAAAGAAUGCGAAGGGAAAGGGGAAUGCUGGAGGCGCCAAGAACGAGGGCAGUGACGCGAACUGGGCGCUUGAGCUGCCAGCUGGCGCAGUCGCGAUCGACAAUGCGAGCGUCAGCGUGGGCGAGUUCGACUGGGAUGCUGUCAACGCCGAUCCAGACAACGAGGUCUGGCUGAUCAGGAUACCUGAGGGGGUGAAGCCCAAGCAUCUCGAAGGCGCCGUGAUGAGUGCAUCGUCACUCUCGAAGUCUUCUCGCACCAGCAAGGUGGGGUCUCUGUGGCGCAAGCAUACAACAUACGACAUUUGGUCACUCGCCGAGACCGAUGACGCGGAGAACGCGGAUCCGGAGGAGGCAGCGUCGACGCCUGUUGGCGGGGAGGAGCUACGCGCGCUCUCAUGCUUGCUUCCGCGGAGGAAGAGGAAGGGGGAUCUAUACCUUGCACCUAAACCCAUCGCCCGUCACCUCGUCCUCUCCGCCCGCGAAGUGCAGCCCACCGCCCCGCAGUCCGCUAUUCCCCUACAGAACCCCCCUCGUCAAUCAUACCCGGAGGAGAUGUUGACGCAUAAAUUCAUGCCCUACGGGUCUUUGGUCGCGACCGGGGACGACGAGGAUGUAGCCAUGGACGAACCAUCCGCUGAAGAACCAGCCCCGGCAAGCGUCGACGAGGGCUCCCACAAGAAGAAGGAGAAGAAGCACAAGAAGGAGACGAAGGGGAGCAAAGCGGAGGAUGCGAAGGCGCAGAAGCGGAAAAGCGAAGACGACGACGCGCCCAAAAAGUCGAAGAAAAAGAAGGUCGCAUAGCCGCCUUGGCGCGUAUAUCCAUUUGUAUCUCUUUCUUCUAUGCAUCGGUCAUCUCGUGUA